AUGGCGGCGGCCACUCGCACCCUCUUCCUCUCAUGCUUCCACAGCAGCGGCUCCGAGAUGAGCCGCCAACUCUCGCUCCGCUCGCGGUACCCGUCGAUGCCGCGGCGCCCGAGGGCCGCCGUCGCCGUCGACGUUGGUGAUGACGGAGGAAGCGGGGCCGAUCUGGAGGCCGCCGCGGGGGGAUCGAGUAUUAAUGUGGCGGAGGAGGAAAAGGUGGCGGUGUUCGCGGUGACCGGGAUGACGUGCACCGCGUGCGCCGGCUCCGUGGAGAAGGCCGUCAAGCGGCUCCCGGGCAUCCAGGAGGCCGCCGUCGACGUCCUCGGCGGCCGCGCGCAGGUCGCCUUCUACCCGGCAUCAGUCUCGGUGAGCAUCCAUUGCCUACUGUAA